GGCAUCAUUAUCAAGCCCGAGCAGAUCGUACGCGAGUCGUGCUAUGCCAAGAAUGCUCUGAUGACUGUCGGCAGGACCACACCGUACAAGGCUGUUCUGGGCGAGACGCCCAAUCUGCUCCAGGAUUUCGAGACUCCCACGACGACUCAGCAGGAAGACCAACAGCAUCUUCAUCGAGCACGUGCGCGCGAGCUUGCUCUCUCCAGCAUGAUCGAGAAGACGGCGACCGAGCGCCUCAUCAGAUCUGAGCGCUCCCGCACACGUCCUGCUGGUCAGAAGUUUCAAUACAAGACGGGCGACCUCGUGGACAUCUUCCGGACACCGCCCAACAAGGACCUCGACGGAUGGAGAGGCCCUGCGAAGAUCGUGGACGCCACAGAGGAGACGCUCAACGACGGCAUCGUCCACGUACGCUGGGGAGGCCGCGUGCUCAUCUGCAGGCUCCAGGACGUGAGGAGGCAUACCUCGUUCUGGUCGAGCUUCUUCCUGCAGUUCCCAGACGAGUGGGCCCCGCUGCGUGCGUUCGUCACCGAACUCGGCCGUCGUAUGAUCGUCAUCGGCUGGGUCUACGCAGCACAGGGCUGGAUUAUAUUUCAGGGAGCUCGACUUCAUCCUGGGAUAUUUGCUCGAGGCCUCAUGAUUGCCCACAUGCAUAUGGGUCUCGCCAACUGCGUGGGCAUUAGAGUAGGAUAUGGCAUACACACCAUUCCUGAGAUGCACGCAGUUUCUUUCGCGCCCUUCGCCUACUGGUGCACUGGUCAGGACGGCUACAGUUACCUGGAGUGGCAAGGGGCACGCCGUCUUGAUACCACGCAGGUGUUUGGCGGACGCAGGCUCGACACCUACUGGGUGCAGUUCCUCACCGUUGCGGACGCGGAUGCAAGGACCAUGCAGCGUGAGGGACGAGAUCGUGCAUUACCAGACAUCGAUAUGGAUAAGGCCAUGGGCAGCUUCAAAGACGACUCCAACGAGGACGUGAUCCCAGCAGGAGCUUCGUCAAGCAGUGGACCGAAUGCUCUAGCGCCUGACGCAAGGCAAGUUCAGGUCCCUGACGAUGAUGACCAAGCUGAGCUCGAGACCAUACCGUAUGACGAAGACGGCGACCGUCUCGACGAGGUCUCGAUGGACGACGACGGGGAAGUGCGCGAUGAGAACCUCUACGUCGACGCUUGGUGGGCCGCGGUCAGCAGUCAUUGCAGCGGGCAGAUCAUCGAGACGAAGGAUUUCUUCAACGUGAACGAAGCACUGUCUGGAGUUCCUCAGCCGAACGCAACCGGGGGCGAGCUUCCAGCGAUCGAGUUCGACGACACGCUAGUGCACUGGAUGGAGUGUGGUCACUUCGUCACCCACAUGGACGACUGGCGAGAGGGGCGUCUCGUGCCACGAUGGGAUUCCUCCAGGCGGAGCUGGUGCUUCCUCAUCGAGAGGGAGAUGCACAACCUCACGAAGGAGGAGGAGCGCAUCCACCACAAGGACGUGCUCGCGGCCAAGCUGAAGGAGCUCAAGUCCAGGGCGGAGCUCGAAGCUUUUUGCCCCGUGCCUAGAGGAGCUGGCGAUAACGUCAUGACAGGACGUUGGGUGCUGCGGUGGAAGAUCAUCGACGGCGCGAAGACUGUCAAAGCGCGUCUGUUCAUUCGAGGUUUUAUGGGCCAGCAGCAGGGCGGCCUUGACACAGCCAGCUUCACCGCAAGGAGCACUUCACAGCGCCUCGUCCUUGGUGUCGGAGUGCAGUAUUGUUGGGCCAUCUUCAGCUGGGACAUCGGCAACGCGUUCCUGAGAGGGCUCAGCUUCACAGAGAUCAAGGAGCAGGGUGCGGAGGUCAUGCGAGAAGCGUGCUUGGAUCCACCGGCAGACGUCUUCUUCAUCUUGCAAGAGUUCAAGGCAUUCAAGGGUACCAGCAAGCUGACGCACCUGCUCAACCUCCUCAAGGGCGCCUACGGUCUGAAGGACGCCCCUAGGUUAUGGAAGCUGCGCCUGGACCAGUAUCUGACCACAGUCGGAGGGCAACAGUCCUCUCUCGAUGGAUGCAUAUGGGUGUGGUUCAAAGAUGGGAAUCUGCAUCGGCUGCUGUCUACACACAUUGAUGAUUUGAAAGGAGCAGGUACCCCUGAAUGGCGUGCUCGGCUGUUCGGACAGCUGAAGUCCAAGUUUGGCAAGAUCGCCGUGCAGGAACGAGAGUUCGAGCACUGCGGUAUCCAAUACAAGCAGCUAGACGACGGCAGCAUCACCAUCACUCAGGACCACUACAUCAAGGAGCUCAAGCCGAUCCCGCUCACAGCAGAACAGAAGUCGUCGCCAGAUGACGUGGCGGCCCCCACCAUCAUGGAUGUGAUCAAUCUGAACCGCGUGCUGAAGUGGGUCAAACGCAAGCCCUGCGUGAUUCGCUUUGAGAAGCUGUUGCCGCCGUUGCGUGUUCUCGUCAUCAGCGACUCAGCCUUCAAACGAGAGAACGGUGAGUCCAUGGCGCGCCGUGGACACAUACUUGCUUUGGCUGAGAAGCAGGGCGACAACCCAGGCGGCAGAGCUCAUUGGCUAGAGGCCGUGUCCAAGCGACAUCGUCGAGUGACGAGAUCGACCUUCGCUGCAGAGAUCAACGGUCUCGCCGAUGCCAUCGAGCCAGGCAAAGUGAUUGCAAUGCAGUGCAGCGAAGUGAUCAAUGGCACCGCCACUGCGCGCCAGAUGGCGAGUGAUGCAUCCCAAGGCAGCUGGCCCGUGCGUAUGGAAGCGGUCAUCGACGCGGACUCCGUCUUCAAGUCCGUGACAGCCGAGGACGUCAAGCUGCCGCUUGAGGAGUCACUCAUCAGUAUCGUGAUUUCCGUGAGAGAACAAUUUAGUCUUUGUCUUUUGGAGCGACUAUGGUGGUGCAGUGCGGUCGACAUGCUAGCGGGCGCCAUGACCAAGGGCGCGUGCGCACGAUAA